ACGCAGUCCGCUCGCGUUCGUCGCGCCGCAAGUCUCGCUACUCAUCGUCAGUCGCUGUCAGUGUGGGCGCGAGCGCGCAUCGGUGUCUCGCACACUCGUCGCAUGUGUGUCUUCUCUUCUGUCUGUCCAUCCGCGCCGUCGCGUGCGAUCAGCUGCUGGUCGGCACACUACCGGGCGCAAGCAACGGUAGCGCAGUCGGUAACGACGCGGAAAUAAUCGUCAAACGAACGCACGCUUUGGCGUAAUCGCAUUUGCUUGUGCCUAGGUCUAAUUGAUUAGAUAUUUAUUCUUUUCCGCUCUCGGUUUUUGUUUGGCACACACAUACGCGCUGUGGGUUUAUUUAUUGUUAUUUGCAUCGCGGCGGAUACAAAGCCAUGCGACCCAUGCGCGAAUCUGUGUCACUCGGCUGUGCGGCACCGGCGACGACGACAAUCGCGCACGUUUUCGACGAUUCGGCCGCGCGAAUGUGACCGGUGACCGGUGUACGACACUCGCGGACACUUCAAUUUCGUCGAGGAGUUAUUUGUCACCGCUGAGCGUAUAUGGCCGUGGUCAAUUUGGUGGUGACGCCGCUGCGAAGGCGUAACUGCCUUCUGGUACUCGCCUUCGUCGUCUUCAUUCCGUUCUGCUUUUUCGUGCUAUUUUCAGUACCAGAUGUAAGUUCAGAACAAAUGUUGAUCCAACGCCUGGCGGAGCUGCAGGUGAAGCUGCAAUACUUGGACACCAUGUAUAGAUCACGACAAGAGGACCUCCAGCAGCUGACCGCCCACAUCGACCAGAUGGUCGCGCCGAGCGAUAGCAAUGCGUCGUGGGCGCACUCGCCGUUUGGCGGCGCCGCGCCAGCCACCACCAAGCCGGAGAUUAGACAAUUGUUGCGAAACAUGUCCGGCAUGAACGCCGCGCACGGUCUAAAUCCACCGAUAAUGCUGCGUCUGCCGUCGUCCUUCCAUUUCCUGCCGCACUUACUGGACGAUCCGGCCAGCUUACGCCUGGCUUACCUAAUGUCCAAAGGUCGCACCGGCGUUUCGGUGGUCCUUGGUGUACCUACCGUACGCCGCGAGAAGCACACCUAUCUCAUGGAGACGCUUCAGAGUCUCGUCGACGGCAUGAGCAUGGACGAGCGAGAGGACGCGCUGAUUGUUAUAUUCGUCGCAGAGACUGAUCUAGAAUAUGUAUUGCUAGUUGCGAAAGAAAUUGAAUUGAGAUUUCCGAGUCAAGUUGACAGCGGGUUAAUCGAAGUGGUGUCACCAUCCGUAUCUUACUACCCGGAUAUGGACAAAUUGCGCUCGACGCUCGGCGAUCUUGAGCGCGUGCGCUGGCGGUCGAAGCAAAUUGACUUUGCUUUCUUAAUGUCCUACUGCCAGCCGAAGGGCACGUUCUACGUGCAGCUGGAGGACGACAUUCUCGCCAAGCCUUACUAUAUUAGUGAAAUGAAGAAAUUCGCGCUUGACAAAACGGCCAACAAGGAGCCAUGGUUCGUCCUAGAUUUCUGCCAGCUGGGUUUUAUCGGCAAAAUGUUUAAGAGCGCCGAGCUGCCGUGGCUCAUUCAAUUCUUUCAGAUGUUUUACAACGACAAACCAGUUGAUUGGCUGCUCGACGAUCUCAUCUACACGAAAAUUUGCAACUGGGAGAAAAACAAGGACUUUUACAAAAGGGACAAAGCAAAACUGUGGAUCCAUUACAAACCGUCACUAUUCCAACACAUCGGCACGCACUCGUCGCUCAAAGGCAAAGUGCAAAAGCUCAAGGACAAGCAGUUCGGCAAAGUAGCGCUUUUCUUUCCGCACACUAAUCCUGAGGCGGACAUCAUCUCCGGCAUCAAAUGCUACAAGCUGUACAGUCUGAAACGGGCGUACCUCGGCGAGGCGUUCUUCUGGGGCCUGCUGCCACAGCCCGGAGAUCAAUUAAUCUUCAAGUUCAAGACACCAAUUCAUAUCAAAAGGUUUUUCUUCCGAAGCGGCAACGUCGAACAUCCUUCCGACAAGUUUUACAAUACCAGCGUCGAAGUUAUGCCGGCGGAGAGCAAUCUCUAUGUGAACUCGUUGAAUCUCACGGCGGAUGGAUACAUUGUCGUCGGUAAAUUUGAUAGUGUUGGCAUUGCGACCGGCAAUCCUAAUGAAAACAUUGGUCGAGUGUCAGCUUUACGUUUGUAUGUUCACAGCGAGAGCGACAAUUGGGCCAUAUUGAGCGAGAUACAUAUUCAGGACGAGUACUCCGUAGCUAGGUGACCACUGAGCGACGGUCGAGUCUCUAUGCUCUUCCCACACAUCUUGAAUCGCUACAAUAUACUCGACCGCACCCCUCAGCAUCCUCUGUGAUAUUAUUAAGUAAUGGAUUUUUGUGCACGCACCCUUCCUACACAACGUGUGUUUUUGUAUUUUGAAUUACUUGUUGAUUUAUUAUUUUGUUACGUUUUUAAUUUAUCGCAUAUAUAUUUAUAUUUAACAACCGACCACUCGAAUUAAGUAAAAAACGUCAAAUAAUUUAUUGGAUAAUUCAGUGCUAACGGUAUAUCAUACAUAAAGAAUUAUUAAUAACAAUGGCGGGCGUAUGGGUGAUGGUUGGAUCACGCUGUACGAUGUGCGAUAAUACCCCGGAAUGGUCGGGGUGCGGCCGUCACGCCGUCAACGGUGUCGGUGGUCGGCGGUUUGCAGCCCGCCGGCACUUUGAAAUCAAAGUUCUGCAGCAGCGCGCCGAUGAAGAUAAAGAGGUUGCCACGGGCGAGCGUCUCACCGAGACAGCGUCGUUUUCCCAUGCCGAAGGGGAUGAACAUGUCAAGCGCCUUCACCUUACCGUCGACGAUAAACCGUUCCGGCCGGAAGGCGUACGGAUCCUUCCACAUACACUCGGCGCCCUCGAAGAUGCCAUGGAAGGUCGGGAUUACCAUUGUGUCCUAAACAAGUGCGUUAAAUGUAUUAAACGGCAUGAAUAGUCGACGCGUUUGAUACAAAAAAAAAGAACGUUGUGUACCUUUGGGAUGAAGUGACCGCAUAGAUGAGUGUCUUUGAGCGCUCGAUGUGGCACGCCGAAGGUUCUCCUCAUAAAGUGGCGCAAUGUUUCCAUAACAAUGGCUUCGAGAUACGGCAUGCUAUAUAAUAUACAAAACGCGUUAUUUUACUGUGUAUGCAUCACCAGCAUAUUAAUAUUGAUACAUAUUAAAAUGGCUAUACAUAUUGCAAAACUGUUAGCUGGAAAUAAAAUUUAUAUUUA